CACACACACAGCGCCUCGCGCGCGCUUUUCCGCCGCCGGCGACCUCGCCGGAGCCGCGCGGGUUCUGUGUACGCCCACCCCCUCCCUCCGUCUCCCACCCCCCGCCCUAGCCAUCUUCCCUUGCGCGGCGGGCAACCUCGCGCGCGCACGGCCAGCAGCGAGCGAGCAGGUUUGGGGGGGGAGAGGCGACGCGGCCGCGACCUCGUUCCACCGCGCCGGCCUCCGUCUUGGCUUUGUUCGAAUCGAAUCGAAGAGAUGGCCGGAAAAGGGAGCUACGUUCCGCCUCAGUACAUUCCAUUAUAUGGCCUGGAUACUGAGGAGGAUCGCGUUUCUGCGGAGGAGAAUGAUGCCGCGCGCCACAAGUUAACCCGGGAUCCUACACAAUGGUCUUCAGGCAUCUGUGCUUGUUUUGAUGAUCCACAGAGCUGUAUGCUACUCUCUGACCUGUGACUCCUUGAUUUCAGAAGGAAAGAUAAAAGGUUUUAUUGGUGCAACUUGUCCUUGCUUCCUUUUUGGAAGGAAUGCACAGUUCUUGGGAUCUGGAACUCUUGCUGGAUCAUGCACUACACAUUGCAUGCUUUGGGGCCUUCUCACAAGUCUCUGCUGUGUGUUUACUGGGGGCCUUGUAUUGGCAGUUCCAGGAUCUGCUGUUGCUUGUUAUGCUUGUGGAUAUCGACAAGCACUAAGAGCAAAAUACAAUCUUCCGGAAGCACCAUGUGGCGAUUUAACAACGCACUUAUUCUGUCACCUGUGUGCUAUAUGUCAAGAGUACAGGGAGAUCCGCGAGAGGACAGACAGCGGCUCCUCCGCUCCGACCGUCACGCCACCUGCAAUACAGACAAUGGAUGAGCCUUGAAUGGAAAUAUGAAAUAUUGAUGAACGCCUCUCUAUCUGAAUUCUGACGAAUCUUUGGUUGUUGCUGCUUGCGAGUGUUUGUUAUAUCUUCUUUGAUUGUGCUUCCACGGGUACUACUACGAGGCUGGUUCCGUAGAGUUGUUGUAAAGAUGAUUUUUCGACAAAUGAGCAAAUCACAGUUUGCAGGUGUAGCUGUGUCAUUGAACUGUAGCACGAUUGUUACAUGUAACAUUUAUCUUUUCACAUAUUGGAAUAUGAUGGCAAAGGUAAAGAACACACUUGUUGUCCAUUGCCUCA